AUGCCGGUUGGACGGGUACCGGCCACACAGCACGAUGACACCGUGGACGACAUUGACGACCGGCUGCCCGUAACCGUGCUUUCGGGCUUCUUGGGCGCCGGAAAGACGACGCUGCUUAGUCACAUCCUUUCAAAUUCGGAGGGGUUGCGGGCUGCGGUGCUUGUGAAUGACAUGGCAGCCGUGAACAUCGAUGAGGCUCUCAUCGCGGAGAAGGUUCACGUGGCUGGAGAGCAACUCGUCGCACUGUCUAACGGCUGCAUCUGCUGCUCCAUUCGGGAAGACCUUGUACGGGAGAUCCGUUCACUGGCCGAGCAACGAGAGGAGGUUCCCUUCUCCGCCGAGCAGCAGCAGCAGCAGCAGCAGCAGGGGAGGCAGCGGCGGCGGCGGUUUGACCUGCUUGUGGUGGAGUCUACGGGGAUUUCAUUGCCGCUGCCCGUGGCGGCGACAUUCGACUUUGUGGAUGAAGCUGGCCGGUGUCUGUCCGAGGUUGCGAAACUGGACACCCUGGUCACCGUGGUUGAUGCGGAGCGUUUCGUGAGUUCCGUACUCGCCGCCGAGGCGCUAGCGGAUCACGGCAUGGCGGUUGAUGAGAACGACGAUCGUACGGUGGCGGACUUGCUUGUGGAGCAGGUGGAGUUCGCGGAUGUGAUCGUGAUGAACAAGACGGACCUGGUUUCGGAGCAGCGAGCGGAGGAGCUGGGGGUGCUCCUCAGGAAGCUCAACGCCACCGCAAAGGUCAUCCGGACAUCCCAGGGCGCGGUGGCGCCCUCUGAAAUCCUCAACACCGGGGCUUUCAAUCUUGAAGCUGCGCAGCAAUCCGCGGGCUGCUUAGUUUACAUGCAACAUCCCUGCGUCGUCAUGCCGUUCUUCCGUCCGCACGCUGUACGGCUGUAUUACAUGUACGGCAGCGGUGGCGGCGGCGGCAGGAUGACCGAGGCGGAGAAGUACGGCAUUACGUCAUUCGUGUACUACGCUCAGCGGCCAUUCCACCCUCGACGGCUCCUGGACGUGGCGCUGAGUCGGCAAUGGGAGGGCGUGCUCCGUACAAAGGGUUUCUUCUGGCUGGCCACCCGCCAUGACGUGAUGGGUAUCUGGCAGUCCGCCGGGGGCGCCUGGCAGGGCGAGCCAGGGGCGCGAUGGGCGUGUCUACUGCGCGAGUCGGAACGACCCACGGGUCGCUCCCACGAUAAUGAAGACGGUGGCGAAGACACAUCGGCAUCGGCAGCUGCAGGGGCGACAGCCCCUGUGGGCUGGCACCCCCUGUGGGGCGACCGCAGUCAACUGCUGGUUUGGAUCGGCGUCCGGAUGGACGAGGCGGGUUUGCGAGCUAUGCUGGACGAGUGUUUGUUGACUGAUGAGGAGAUGGCGAUGGGUCCUGAGGGCUGGGCUGUGCAGCUGGAGGACCCGUUGCCGGCGUGGGACGUGGAGGGUGCGGCGGGGCAACAGCAGGAAGGAGAUGAGGAAGAAGCGGAAGCCGAGGAGGAAGAGGAGGAGGAAGAGGAGGAGGAAGAGGAGGAAGCUGGGGAGGAGGAAGAGGAGGGGGAAGGUGGGGAGGAGGAAGAGGAGGAGCAGGAGGAGGAUGGGAAGGUGGAAGGAGUUGAAGAUGGGAAGGAGGAGUGGGAGGAGGAUGGGAGGGAGGAGGAGGAAGACGAGGAGGAAGGGAAGGAGAAAGAGGGGGAGGAAGGGAAGGAGAAAGAGGAGGAGGAAGGGAAGGAGGAGGAAUAG